AUGGCUGAACAGCUUGACAUGGGUCGUCUCAACCUUAAUGAGUCCCAGCACGCUCCCCAGCAAAAUGGCUUCGGCCACCAGGAGCGCUCUGCGUACAUCCCACCCCACCUUCGUGGUCGAGGCGCCGCACCUCCUCCGGUGAACAACGGCCCUCCCAUGAACGGCGGCGGUCCUGGCCUUGGCGGCAGCGCCUGGGGCCCGGCUCCUGGCGGCCCUCCCCAGGGCGGUCGCGGCUACGGUGGUCCCCCACCCAUGAACGGCGGCGGCGAAGGCGGUAACUGGGCCAGCGCUCCCAACUUCACUCCCCGACAAGGUAGAGAUGUCCCCAACGGCGCAGGCUGGGGUGCCACACCACCCAGCAAGUUCGACCCAAAUGCUUACGGCAAACCAGGUGGAGGCGGCGGCGGUGCUCCCCGUGGCGGUGGUGACGGACAGUGGAAGGAUGGCAAGCACGUUCCUGGGCCUUCUAACCCCCGCAUCGAGCGCGAGCUCUAUGGUGUACCCAACGACCCCUCGAAGCAGCAGACUGGUAUCAACUUCGAGAAGUAUGACGACAUCCCGGUCGAGGCCUCUGGCCAGGGCGUCCCCGAGGCCGUUACCCGGUUCACAAACCCCCCUCUCGACGACCACCUGCUCAGCAACAUCGAGCUCUCCGGCUACAAGGUUCCUACCCCAGUCCAGAAGUACUCCAUCCCCAUCGUCAUGGCUGGUCGUGACUUGAUGGCUUGUGCCCAGACUGGUUCUGGUAAGACUGGUGGUUUCCUGUUCCCCAUCCUGGCCCAGGCUUUCAAGAACGGUCCCAGCCCUACCCCGGCUCCCCAGAACGGUGGAUACGGAUACGGCCGUCAGCGCAAGGCCUACCCCACCUCCCUGAUUCUUGCUCCCACCCGUGAGCUGGUCUCUCAGAUUUUCGAGGAGGCUCGCAAGUUCGCCUACCGCUCGUGGGUUCGACCUUGCGUAGUCUACGGUGGUGCCGAUAUUGGCUCCCAGCUCCGCCAGAUGGAGCGCGGCUGCGAUCUUCUUGUUGCUACUCCCGGUCGUCUCGUUGAUUUGAUCGAGCGUGGCCGCAUUUCUCUCCAGAACAUCAAGUACCUUGUUCUCGACGAGGCUGAUCGCAUGCUGGACAUGGGUUUCGAGCCUCAGAUUCGCCGCAUUGUUGAGGGCGAGGACAUGCCCCAGGUUGCCGACCGCCAGACACUCAUGUUUUCGGCCACCUUCCCCCGCGACAUCCAGAUGCUCGCCCGCGAUUUCCUGAAGGAGUACAUCUUCCUUUCGGUUGGUCGUGUCGGUUCUACUUCCGAGAACAUCACACAGAAGAUCGAGUACGUCGAGGACAUCGACAAGCGCUCUGUUCUGCUCGACAUCCUCCACACCCACGGUGCAGGUCUGUCCCUAAUCUUCGUCGAGACCAAGCGCAUGGCCGACUCGCUCUCCGACUUCUUGAUCAACCAGGGUUUCCCUGCCACAUCUAUUCACGGUGACCGCACCCAGCGCGAGCGUGAGAAGGCUCUUGAGAUGUUCCGCUCUGGACGCUGCCCCAUCCUCGUCGCCACCGCUGUCGCUGCCCGUGGUCUUGACAUUCCCAAUGUGACUCACGUAGUCAACUACGACCUUCCUACCGACAUUGACGACUACGUCCACCGUAUCGGUCGUACUGGUCGUGCCGGAAACACUGGUAUCGCCACAGCUUUCUUCAACCGUGGCAACCGUGGAGUCGUUCGCGACCUUCUUGAGCUGCUCAAGGAGGCCAACCAGGAGGUUCCUCAGUUCCUCGAGUCCAUCGCUCGUGAGGGCUCCGGCUUCGGUGGUGGUGGCGGCCGUGGAGGCCGUGGAGGCGGUCGUGGCCGUGGCGGCGCUGCUACUCGUGACGUUCGUCGCAUGGGUGGUGGCGGCGGCUUCGGCGGCAGCGCUGGAGGCUGGGGAGGUGCUCCUCAGGGUGGCGGCUUCGGUGGCGGCGGCUUUGGCGGCGCCCCCAGCUACGGCGGCCCUCCUCCUCCCAUGAACGGCGGUGGUGGUGGUUAUGGCGGUGGAGGCUACGGCAACCCAUCCGGCCCUGGUGGCAACUCUUGGUGGUAA